GCGACAACAAACUAGCAAUUUCCGGCCAUCUAAUCUCGGCGAAGCCGCAUUCUCCGCGGAUUUGUCGACCGUUACUCGAUCUGCUAUUCUCUGGCGAGAUUACUUACUCUCCUCAAUGAAUUCAAGAUCUGGCUCAUCUCGUGACAAAGGAGCAGAACCAAUUCCCGGAGGGGUCGUCGCGGCCGUUGAUCCUCCAGACCCUAGGUGGCCUUAUUUACAUAGGUGGACGCAAGAUGGCUCUUCCACACUAGUGAAUCCUCCCCCAAAUCCACCGUCGACUCCCAUAUCUACUGCCAAGUCUCAGCUAGCACCGGUAGUGAUGAGUUCGGUUGAAAUUGCAACUCCGGCAACUGAACUUGUUAUCUCAAAGAAGCUCCCUGUCUCUCCGGUGUCGACUCUUAAAGGAGCUUGGCAAGUUCCUUUCAACCUCAGUUCUACCUCUCGUCAACCUGCAGUAGGUCAAGCUGCCACAUCAUCUAUGGAGCGAUGGCCGUCGCUUGUGGACUCUAUUAGUAAGAAGUCGAUGGCUACUGUUGGUAUUGUUCUUGGAAAGAGGGCUCACGGUAAGGAUACAAAGGUUGCUGAUGGAUCUCGAACAGUUGAGGAUGAGUCUCUGAAAGUUUUUUCAAAGGAUUAUCCUUGGGCUGCAAAGAUGGAUCAAUGGAAGCGUAACUUGCAUAGAGUUACCACGCCGGAUUACUUAGAGGAUGGAACCCCUUUGAUAAAUCUCCCUAGUCACGUUUUGUUAGAAGGGAUUGAGAAUCUAAAGGAGUUUAUUAUAGGACAAUUCUAUCAAUGCGUUGCUCCUUCUGGAGGAUUGAUUCAUGCUGUUAUGAGUAAGAUUUGGGGAAGAAAUUAUAGAAUUUUUACGAAGAAACUGAGUGAGUCUUCUUAUCUCUUUCACAUUCUGGAUGAGGCCACUCGUUGUUGGAUUCUUCAGAGAGCGUUGUGGCACGUCGAUGAUUGUUUGAUGUUCGUAUCAGCUUGGUCGCCCGUUGCAAAUUUCGCAGUUCCGGAGAUCACAACGAUUCCUGCUUGGCUUACGCUUAAGAACAUCCCAAACCAAUUAUACUCUUUUAAAGGGAUAAAAUGGAUUGCUUCGGGGAUUGGGGAGCCAAUGUUAACUAGCAGACCCUGGCUGGAUCCAACCCAAAUGGGAGAAGCAAAUAUUUUGGUGGAGGUAAAACUUGAUAAACCCUUCCCUCAAAGGGUUGCUUUAAAAGAGGAAUGUGGCUCAAUAACUAUGGUUGAUGUCGUUUACUCGUGGCUGCCUUCUAAGUGUAGCUUAUGUGGUCACUUGGGGCAUAAAGCAUCUAGGUGUUUGGGUGUAGGUUUAGAGAAGACUGUUGUUUCAUCUUGUAAUAAUGGUUCUCCUCCUUUGAAUGAGAAUAGCAUUGUCAAUGCUUCAACCAAGGCAUUAGAUACGGCUAUUAUUUCUAAUGGUGCAGCAAUAAUGAAAGGGUUUCACCAAACGGUUGUUGAUUCAUCGGUUAUACCCCUUCAAGUUGUUGAAAAUCCUAACACCGAGUUUCUCUCCUCUUCAAACUCGAAAGAAGAAGCUGCAAUUGGCUUGAGAUCAGUAGCAAUUACUGAUGCAAGUAAGGAUGUAGUUGUCGUUCCUCAGCUAGUUGAGAAGGAGGUCUUGCAAAUUUCAGAUUCAACUACUGCCAUGCUUUCUUCAACUUUGAAAGUGAUGGCUACUCCCGCAAAGGUCUCUUCAAAUAUCACUACCUCUACUUCAGGGGUCAAAUCUAAUUCUAAUACUUCUUUCCGCAAAGCUUCUAGUUCAAAUAAAUUUGCGGUGUUAGAUUUAGCAUCGGAUGUGGUGCUGCCCGAAGAUUCAGAUAUGAUUGAUUCUGACGAGUCUGAGGAUUCAGAUGAGGAUCUCAUAAUGAAUCUAAAGUCACCAUUUUCAGAAAAACAUCUCCAAGACAGGCCAUUGCAAUUGUCAAACAAGGCAAUAAAUAUUGGUCGUGGAGGAAGAGGAAGAGGAAGAGGAAGACGCGGUCGAGGAAAUCGUGGUCGACGAGGUGGGUUUGGCUAAACCCAAUUAGUCGAUAUUGGUUUCAAAACAUUUCUUUCUCUCCCUAUUUUUCAUGCUUUAGAAUCUUGUGUGUGCUUUGAAAAUCUCUUCGCUUUGUUGAACUCUAUGAUCACCAUCAUAUCUCUUGUAACGGUUUUAUUCAAAAAAUUAAUUUUUUAAAA